UCCACAAAGAACUUAGAAGCUGAAAACACCAUGUCUUCAGUUGCAAAUUACUACAAUGGGAAGUCUGUACUUGUUACAGGAGCCACUGGAUUUUUGGGCAAAGUACUACUGGAAAAGUUGCUGCGUUCCAGCCAUGAUGUAAAGACUAUUUAUAUUCUUGUACGGCACAAAGCUGGGCAGUCAAUACAAAGCAGAGUGGUGAAUCUGGUGAAAUGCAAGGUGUUUGACAGAGUCCGAGAAGAGUGGCCCAACUUCCAUGAAAAGAUUAAACCAAUCAGUGCUGAAUUCAUCCAGCCAAACUUGGCCAUCACUGCUGAAGACACUGAUGAACUUCUUUCUGAAGUCAACAUUAUCUUCCACUGUGCUGCAACCAUUCGAUUUAAUGAGCCACUCAAGCAUGCCCUUUUGCUAAAUGUCAAAGGCACCCAGCAGCUCCUGCUGCUAGCCCACCGGAUGCAGAAGCUUGAAGCCUUCGUUCACGUUUCAACAGCCUAUGCAAACUGUAAUCGGAAAUACAUAGAAGAAGUAAUCUAUCCUCCUCCUGUGGAGCCCAAUAAACUUUUUGACCUUGUAGAGUGGAUGGAUGAUUCCCUCCUUGAUCAGAUCACACCAAAACUGAUUCAGGACUGGCCCAAUACAUAUACAUUCACCAAAGCCUUGACAGAGUUCCUGAUUCAGCAAGAGAGAGGUAACUUAAAUGUUGCCAUCAUUCGACCAUCCAUCGUGGGAGCCAGCUGGCAAGACCCUUUCCCUGGCUGGAUUGAUACCUUCAAUGGAACAAGCGGUUUCUUUAUUGCGGCUGGAAAGGGGCUCAUACGGACUAUAAAAUGCAACAGCACAGCAGUAGCAGAUAUUGUUCCAGUGGAUGUUGUUAUCAAUAUAACCCUUGCAGCUGGCUGGUACACUGCAGUUCACAGACCAAAAUCAAUGUUGAUAUACAAUUGUACAACAGGUGGCUUGAACCCAUUUUCCUGGGGAGAGAUGGGUAAGUUUUUACUGCAGGGUAUACCACUGGAAAAACCCUUCAGAAUACCUUAUGCCAGCAUGACCUCAAACCACCUGAAACACCAGUACUGGACAGCUGUUGGCCACAAGGCCCCAGCCUUUGCCUAUGAUUUGUAUUUGAGGCUAACUGGAAGGAAGCCAAGGAUGAUGAAGAUCCUAAAUCAGCUGGACAAAUCCAUGUCUUUAUUUGCCUAUUUUACCAGCCGUUCUUGGGAAUGGACUGCAGACAAUAUGAAUAUGUUAAUGAACCAGCUCAGUCCAAAAGACAAGAAAUUAUACUUUUUUGAUGUCCGUCAGCUACAUUGGUCAGAAUACAUAGAUAACUACUGUGUUGGAACAAAGAAAUACCUGCUGAAAGAAGACAUGUCUGGAAUUCCUGCAACAAAGCAGUACCUAAGAAAACUACAAAAUAUUCAGUAUGUAAUCAAAACCACCCUUCUUGUGAUCAUCUGGCGCAUAUUUAUUGCAAAAUCACAAAUGGCUCAGAAUGUAUGGUACUUUGUGGUGAACCUCUGCUACAAGUUCCUUAAUUUCUUCAGAGCUUCCAGCACCCUCAGUCGUUGAAGAUACCUGUCUGGUUAUUGACCUCAUGAAAGGAUUUCCAUCUUCUUGAAACAACAACCGUAUAUUUUCUGGGUUGAAAGUAGCAGGGUGUCUCUUUAUUGCUGCAGAAU